AUGUUGUCAGCAACAACGAGGGAAAAGUCUUCUCCAAGGCGACAGUGUAGUCAAGGUUACAAGGUCCUUCCCAGAAUUUCCUUCGCGUAAUUAUAAGACAACUGGUAGGAUAGAGCUUCAUGUAAUGAUCGAUGUGUUUUGCCGAUAUUUUCUUGCUGUUUUGCCCAUCGUUACCCGCCUUCGAUUUUGUCAGUUUCGACGCGCGAUUUUCGCGUGCUCUGUCAUAGACUUCUUUGUCAUGACGAUGGGUAGAAAUUCUACUUUUACUCUACUACAUUUCGUACUUUAUACCUUUAAGACAGUCUCUUGUUAUUUGGAGGUAGUUUGUGUUGAAUGUGGUGAUAAAUGUUGCGCCUUGCGACGGAUAUGCCCUGUGUAUGCUCUUAAUUGCGUAAGUGCUAAAUAUAUGUAGCUGAAGCAAACCAUUUGAUCUUUACUGGUCAUGUUGACAUGUGAAUCUAUUCAAACACCGAACUCGUUUUUGUUCGAUUUAAUUCUUAGAUCGCCCUAUGGCGACUACUCAACCACAGCCAACAAAUUACACCCCGAAUUUCGACUCCGUCGAAGCGAAAUCCCAAGCCACGUCAAGCAAUGUGGUUUCGACGCCACAAGCUUUCACCCAGCAAGUUGCGAGUGGCGCGGCCGCCAUUUCACACGACAUUGUUGUGACCUCGCAAAAUAUUGUUCCUUCGCCUCAACACGCUUCUUUACCAGCGAAUGCUGUAACUUUGACAGUCCAGCCAGCCCAGAUUCAAACUCCGCAAACUGCAUUAAUCUCAGCAAAUGUUAUUACGAGCGAUGGCUUCCAGACGAAAGAAGGUACUCUGCAAACUUUAUGAAUAGUGUUGCCAAUUUCGAACUUCCGAACUAAUUCACGAUCAGUUCCGCAUUUAAUAGUACCAUUUUUAAAUUUUAUCUAUCUUGGAAUGUAAAGAAAAAGUAUACGGCGACACGUUUAUAAUUUUGCUUCAAUUUCCUUUUAUUUUUCGUUUCAACGUAGGUUUCCCGACCGCAGAGGAACAGUACGUUGAGGCCUUGUCGGCGGAACAUGCCAUUUACCCAAAUGGAACAGCGUAAGUUUCUUCCGUAAAAAGAUGUCGAAACAGACUGGAAAUUUCCGUCAUGUCUUUGAACCUUUUAGUUUCUCUUUGAAGGUUGCGAUCCGAAUUUUGUGCUUUGUUUGGUCUUUUUGAACACGUUGUGGACACCUGGUUAAGGGAUAAAGAAUCAAUGCAAAACACAUGCGAAUCACACAAUUCUUGAUAAUCUAUCUCAGUAUUUUUGUUUUUCUUUGGGUGAAGUGAUGAGGGAUAUCUUCAUAUGUACCUAGGAAAACCAGGAUUUUCGCUUUUACGAUAUUUUCAAGUAGUGAUUUGGAAACGUCGUUGGAAAGUUGACCAAACUGUGCAAUAUUAAGAAUGUUAUUCAAAUUAAUUGAAUAUUUAUGUUAAUUUAUGGUAAUUUCUUUCUAUAUAUGGCAUAUUCAUUAUUAGCUUGGAAGAGAACAAAAUAGCGAUAUUAAUUGAGUAAAUAAAUCUUUUCUUUCUCCUGAAAUAUCACUUCAAGGCUAUACUUAUCCAAAAUUCUCAAUUUAACCCAUAACCAAGAUCAUGCUAUACUGGGAAAACUUUGCAGUGAACUUGUCAAGGGUGCUUGAUUUAGUAAUGAUAAAUAUAGGUAGUGCUGUGACAAUUUCCAUAGAAACUUCUGGUUUCUCUUGGAUAUUGUUUUUCUCAUCAUGAUGUUGGAACAAUUCUUGCAUUGAUUAAAAUCCUCUUUCCCAUUGAUGGAACUGUGUUUAUUUGGCAAAGUGGGAUUAGUAUUCAAUUCAGGAGCAUUUUUACUUAGGAGACACACUCUUUUCCAUGGCAACACAUGCAGCCUUUGUGAAUGAGUCAAAGAGAAAAAGAAUCACUUUCUUGUUCUCAUCACUCCACUAGACAGUUCCAAAUAACAGAGGCUGUUUCUUGGGUUUUUUCAUUUGAUCGUUUAUGGCCAGUUUAACCCACAUGAUGCCUGUAUCGACAUAUUUGUGAGUUUCUUCAGAUUUGUUAGCUCUUCAUGCUUGAAGCCAACCAAUUUUAAAAUUGUUAAUAUUUUAUCGGGAUGUGAUAUUGUCUGAGAAAGCAUGUUCCUUGGUUGAGCUCAGGUUUAGUUUUAGCCACAAUUUGUUUUUUGUUCUUUCUAGAUCUGAAUGAAUGUUUCCAAAAAUUUGUGGUAAAUCUAUAUGCUUGUGUUCUCCUGAAUAUUUGUUAGCAAUUAUGCUUCAUAAUGCUCGUAUAGGAGAAAGGUACAAUUGCUCUGAAAUAACAUUUUUCCUACCCAAGCUUUGAUAUUACUACAUUUAAGCCAGUAUCAUGAAAAUUGUCCCCCAGAAUCAACAAAAAGUAUUUUUUCUCAAAAGAAUUGUGACCUUUUUUCAAUUAGAACAUGUUCAUUCCCAGUAUAUUGUGUUCCAUAUUGAACAUGUCUUCCACAGAAAAUGCAAUUAUUGCAGUGACAAUAUUUUUAUUUAUUCAUAGUCUGUGGACUAUAAAAUCUCUUAAUGUUUUACAUCGUGUCCAUUUUGGGUUUAAAUUCAGUUCUAUUCAGAGGUAAAUUCUGCUCUGUAGAUAAUCAAUUCAGCAUUCUAGAUUUAUUUGGUCAAAUUUAUGUGUGAGAUCCUUCAAUAAAGAAUAUAGGCUGCCUAUCUUAUAUUUUUCAGUAAUGUUGAUAUAUUUAUCAAGACAGUGGUGUCAAAAUCUUUGUGGUCUCACAUUUACUUGAUUCUCAAAGCAGUUGUUAAAAGUGUUCAAGUUCAGAUUACUGGAGUUGAUCAAGGGUUUGUGUUCUGUAAAAUCAAAAGCUGAGUUUUUCAUGGUAUCAUCCAUAAGACAGGAAGUAAGGAAAUUGACAGCAAUAUUUUCCAGUGAUAAAUGUAGGUUUUCGUUAUUUGUGGUUUGAAAAUACUUAGUGAAACACAAAUGAACUUGACCCAACUUUCCUGUGUCAGAGAUCUCCAUUGUCUCUCUUGGCUGACAUUACAGAAGGUCAUUAUGCUAGCCAUUUGUUGAACCAUCAUCCUGCUGUUAGGCAUUGUUAGCUAGGAAUAACCAAGCUGGUCAUUCCAAUCCUCAAGCUGUGUAUUUGUACAGCCAGGGUUUCUUACUCUGUGCAUCUCCAUCAGGUCUGUGUGUUUGAUGACACCUCUUCCUGGUAAUUUCGAAAAUCUCAAUGCUUCUUAUCACAGAAAAAACUUGAUUGGUUAUGUACUCAUUCCUGGAAAUAGUAAGAGUAAAUUUUUACUAAAAAUAAUGAGGUGAAUGUUUCUCCUCUUGAUAGGAGAAACUCUGCUUGGCUUUCUUUUCACCCCUUCUUUCCUUCCUCUAUUGCUUGUUUAAACACAAAAAAGGGACUUUGUAAACUAACCCAAAUUUACAAAGCUAUUUUGAGCUUAACAACAAUAUUAAACCUACUAAUACUUCAUAACAUUUCACCCACUUUGCAGAGUAGUGUACAUGGAAAACUGUUAAACAGGCUUGCAAAUUAAAUUGUUUUUCUCUUAAUUUCUUCCAGGGGAAAUGCUUAUCACUACACUGAUGCAACAAUAUUUGGACAGCAAGCUACAUCAUCGUAUCUUGAAGCAAGCCAACAGCAAAACCUAAUUUCAGCUGCUGCAACCACACAGGGCAGUGUCCCUAGUGGACAAACAUACCUACAAGUCACUCAGGGAGGAACAACCAUACAGACUCAAAGGCAUCCAAUAACACAUACCACCAGGGCAUCUCCUGCAACAGUAAGUUAUUUACAGUUCAGUGAUCAACUUGCAAUUUCUCAUAAAAACAUCAGUAUAUUUUGUCACUGAGUUUAGUUAUGGACUAUAAGAAAAUUAGUAGUUGAAAUGAUGUUUAAUUCCUGUGGUAUAAAACUGUAACAUUUAGAACCAGUCAAUUGAAAAAUUAAAUGCUGGUUCAUGGAAAAGGUGUAAUGAGUUGUUGGUGAUAGUGUUACUUGUCUUUUAUUGCAUGAUUUUUCUCUACAAUUUGGCAAGAGAUCAAAGUGGUCAAAUCAUGCUGCACAUGAAAAAGAAAAUUGUUAUUUGAAAUUAUUUUUAAUUCCUGUGGUAUAAAACUGCAGCAUUUAGAACAAGUCAAUUGAAAAAAUUAAAUGCUGCUUCAUGGAAAAGGUGUAUUGAGUUGUUGGUGAUAGUGUUACUUGUCUCUUAUUGGGUGAUUUUUCUCAUAUAAUUUGGCAAGAGAUCAAAUUGGUAAUAUCAUGCUGCACAUGCAAUUUUAUUUUCACUUUCAAAAAUGAUCCUUGUAGCUGUUUUUUCAUUACAUCUUCAACAUCAUUCAAAUCAUAUCAUCUUGGUGUUCUUCUUGGUUAAAGGUGCUUAUUUCCUUUUCUUGGCUGUUCACAUCUUGAUUGAUUUUGAUUUUAUCUCUAAUUUUCUCUGCAUUUGCUCCUGGAGUCACCUUUUUGAAAGAUAACAAUUAGUAUGAACAAUUUGUUAAAUACGUAGGGGUUUGGAAAUUGACAAAUUUUUGUUAAAUUUUUUUAAAGGUUCAGUGGCUGGUUGAAAACUAUGAAACAGCAGAAGGAGUGAGCCUGCCCCGCAGCACACUUUAUAAUCAUUACCUUCAGCACUGCCAGUCAAAUAAACUUGAUGCAGUAAAUGCUGCAAGCUUUGGAAAGCUCAUUAGAUCAGUGUUUAUGGGACUGAGAACCAGACGACUUGGCACAAGGUUAGGAUACACAUGUGUAACAAACACAAAGUUUAUGGCAUGAAAACUUGUUUGUUUUCUUUUACUGAGCCUUUGCCUUUGUGGACAUCAUUACUGCUGUGGAAUCUUUAAUUUGUUAAUUCUGAAGCUGACCUUUUGUAAAAUAUUUAUUUCCUGUGUAAGCUUUUCCAUUCUUUAUAACAAUCACCAUUUUUAUGUUACAGGGGUAACUCCAAGUAUCAUUAUUAUGGAAUACGCAUUAAGCCAAGUUCACCAUUAAAUGCUUUGUCAGAUGAUGCCCAAGUGGCUAUGAGACAAUCACCAUCCACACAAAAGAGGUAUGAUAUUUUGCAAUUAUGCCUUAAUGGUCUCUGUUUGCGAAAAAACCCUUGUUUCUUUGUUAGAUUCUUAUGGUGUAAUAUCACAUUUCCUAAAUAAAAAUUCACUUGUGAAUUACAUUAAUCUUCAUAGGAAAAUAAUAUUUUUGAUUAGUUUUUGAGACUUGCCUACACCAUGUACUCACUAUUUCCUGGCAAAAUCACUUUUAUUUCAUACAUACCGAGAUUUACACUGUGAAGUACUCUCAUAUGUGUCUCUGAUUGAAAGAACAACAUAAUUUCACAGUUGUUUGCUUCAUACUUCACAGUAUUAAUUUCAAUGUGUAUCACAUAAAAACAUCAUACUAAGAAAAGUGCUUGAGAAUUUUUUUCACUCAUUGUGAUGCAUCAAAAAACUUGUUGCAUCGCAAUGAGUGAAUUAAAAUUACUCAAGCACUUUCCAUGGAAUAAUUUCUGUGUUUCUGUUAAAUUGAUUUGUUUCUCAUGUGUAACAGACUGAAGCCUGCUGCCAGAUUAGCCUCUGAUGAGUCAGGUGAUACAGCAUCACACUCACCAGCAAUGACAGCUGAUCAACAAGCACAGCAAAGUCAGAUGCAGCAGCACCAGCAGUAUCUGGGUGAUGUCACACAAGGGUUACCAGAGUUUGAAGAGCUUGACCUCAAGGGUGUUCCUCUACCAGGUAUUUGUUGUGUGAUUUUAUCAAACUAAUUGUUUCCUUGUGGCGUGCCUUUAAACUUUGUUAUCACUUACUUCUGCACCAGUUUUGACCCUCUGUUCUGAAUUUUAACACAUCAAGUAUCUUUAUUAUUCAUUUCAGAGGGUAUCACAGAUCAUGAUCUUGACACCUUUGUUGACAUGUAUCGAGAGCAUUGUGAGGUAAGUUUCUGGUUGACUAUCAACUGUUUAUAGUCCUUUCUAAACAAUUGAUGUGUCCACCUGAAAGAAACAAUCUCAAUAGACUCGUUACAUGGUUUGUCCAUAUUGCUACAUGUACACUCCACAAAUUUGGCUUACUUGUAUAAUCUGUAAAAGGCAGAAUUUGUUUUUCUUCAUUUCAAAGACUUUUUAGGUGCCAGAGAUUAAAUCUGUUGAAUUUUGGAAUACUGUUUACUCUGAAAAUUUCUGCAAGAAUCAAAAAGGUGAAAUUUAAUCAUUUUUGCUGUUUGGUUUGUAGGCUUUUCUUGACGUUGUAGUCAACCUGCAGUUUACUUUGGUUGAGUCUCUGUGGCAAACAUUCUGGCGACAUCCAGUUGGAAGUGAUAAAUCAGGGGCAGAUGAUGAUGAUAAAAAGGAUAUUGGGUAAGGUGCACUUAAGUUCUUUCACUCGGGGGAAUGACCAAAGAGGAUUUUCUCCUUACAAUUUCAAUGCAUUUUCAAACAAAUAGGUGAUGAGAUGAUAACAUUUAAAUCAACCAAGGGAUUGUUGAUUUGACACCAAAUUUCUUAGAGAAAGAAAUUGAAGAAACGUAUUGGAAACAGUGCAGAAAAUUGAUUUUGAGGUCUGUUAGGGAGAGGGUUUAGCUUAUUGGCACAUUGCGAAUGCACUGAAUCAUAGGCAUGUUCAAGCAAAUGUCAAUUCCUUUACGACAGUUAAUUUUGAUUAUUUGUUUUUUUUGUUUAUUUGUUUUUUAGUGAUGAUGGUGAAUAUGAAAGCAGGCUUUCCCAAUCCAAAUUGACACAACUGUGUGAAUUUGAUCCAGUGAUUACAUUUGUCAAAGCAUGUGAUCAUCUUCUUUAUCAGACAUUGGUUGAAAUCCUCAUUCCUGAUGUGUUGCGACCAAUUCCAGGUACUUAUAAUCAUGUAAUCCUUACUGCAGGCAGCAGAGUGUUAUUAUAAUAUGGUACUUCUCUGGCUUGUGAUUUACAAACUUGUAUUGCGUUCUUCCAACAUCCUGUGUGGGUUAUUAUGGCAGUAAAUGGAUAGAAAGUGUGGUCUAUUACUCAAAUUUAAUCUUUGAGCAAAUAAAUAAUGUAAGAUUCAUUGUUUUUCAGCUUCCUUGACACAGGCUGUACGUAAUUUUGCCAAAGGCCUGGAGGGCUGGUUGGUCAACAGUCUAGAUCAGAUUCCAAAGAAGAUGAGUGAUGUAAAAGUAAGUUUGGUUACAGUUUUAGAAAUGUCCAGUGUCUGAAAAAGGUACAUGUGUGGCUUGGGUUGGGGUAAACAUGAUGCAUUAACUACAGCAUCUAUUGUAGAAGAAAUUUGUUUGAGUUUAAAAUGAGAUUUUAAACUCAGAAAAUUUUUUAUCAAAGGACUAACUGAACAAGGGGUGUUCAUUUGACAGGUAACCACUUGUAGUGCCUUUGCACAAACUCUGCGUCGCUAUACUUCAUUGAAUCAUUUGGCCCAAGCAGCACGGGCUGUGCUUCAGAAUUCUUCUCAGAUCAGUCAGAUGUUAGCUGACCUUAACAGAGUGGAUUUUGCCAAUGUGCAGGUAAGAUCAUAGUGAUUUUGCUGUUUUGUGACAAGGCUAAAUUAUGCAGUUGUAAAUGUGUCCAAGAAAACAAGUAAAGUUAUACUUAUGUGAGGAGGUAUACAGGAGAAAUGUAGUGAUGAAACAAAUAUAGUUCAGAUAUCACUUCAGGUAGUAAAACUUUCAACUAUUCCCUUGCAGGAGCAAGCCUCUUGGGUGUGUCAGUGUGAUGACCAUGUUGUGUAUCGACUGGAGCAGGAUUUUAAACUCACUCUCCAGCAACAGGUUUGUUACACUGAAUUACCGGGUUCUUUCUGCAAUAGGAAAGUAUCAUUAACUGAAAGUGUUGGUUUUUUAUUUAGAACUCUCUUGAACAAUGGGCCACCUGGUUGGAAGGCGUAGUAGAUCAAGUGCUGAAACAGCAUGAGGGAACAGAUGAGUUUCCCAAGGCAGCAAGACAGUUUCUAUUGAAGUGGUCAUUCUAUAGGUAAAGUUCUCAACUUCAGAUUUUAUUUUAUCUUAAGCCAAGGUAUGUGUGUGAAAAUACAAGACUAAUUUUGUCUUUAAAUUGCUUCUCAUAGUUCUAUGAUAAUCCGUGACCUUACUCUGAGAAGUGCAGCCAGUUUUGGGUCAUUCCAUUUGAUCAGGCUCCUUUAUGAUGAGUACAUGUUCUACUUGGUGGAACACAAAGUUGCUAAAGCCAUUGGCGCAUCACCUAUGGCAGUUAUGGGAGAGGUAAAUGAUGAACAGUGCACGAUAUUUAAGCAGAACUAAAAAAUUACUCUCGCAUUGAUUGGAUCAAUUUCAGUAUCUGAGAAACUGCCUACCUAUCCCUCCCCUAACCCAACAACAGUCGAUUGAUAACAAGUUAGGGUUAGUGUUGGGUUAGGGGAGGGGUAGGUGGACAGUUGCCAAGAUACUGAUAUUGAUCCCAUUGUUCGUUAUGUUAGUAAAUGUUGACAUAAUGUUCAUCAAGUUGAUGGAAAAUUAAUAUGAUGCAAAAUUGUAGGCUUGAAGUCUUUGCUAUAUUUUUUUUGUAGAUAUGCAUCUGUGUCAACUCUCACUGCAAUUGGUUUUGGUUUACAGAUUCUUACAUUUCUGUAGAGAAAUCUUCAAACCUUUCUUUCAAAAUGGACUCUUCCAUUGCCAAUCCUGUAAUAUAAGAUGCAACCCUACCCUAUUCACCAUAUAGAUUCAAAGUUUGUCACCAUUACAAAAUUAUCCUCCACAGCUCUGAUAUUUGUGUUUUUAUUUUCAAUAGUUUGUUGGCCUUGGAUCAGCACUGUCUAUGGGUCUUGAUUCAGUGGAGAAUAGCCUUCUAUCAGAACAGCCUGACUGCCCCUUAAACUGUAAGUUCUUAGUGAUCACUCAGAGUGUCUUGUCAAACCUUUCUUUCUCCUUGCAAAUAUUGGUCAUUUACACUGUUUAAAACCCAAUUGCACUGACUUCUACAUACAUUUUUACACGUACAGUAACUCUCAUGAUUCUUUAUCUUCACCAUGGAAUGUAGUAGAUUCUGUCUAGAUUUCAUGAAAUUAUACCAAAAUUAUGCAUGGUGAUAAUUUGCAAUAUUUUCAUUGAUGGAGACUUGAAGAAGAAAGUUGGAAUUAAUCAUUCUUUCACAUCCAAAAGUUUAUCUACCUAAGUGGCAUGCACAUAUAUCCAAGAAUAUUUUACGUUGGGUGUAACUGAAGAUUAUUAAUUACAAAGUUAUGCAUAAUUCUAAUCAUGUUUUUUCCUCCAGUAGAUGGUACCCAGGCUACCGGUUCAAGUACUUCCUCCAGCACUACACGCCCAUCAGUGACUGGGUCCUUGGAGCCAGAGGCCAAACGGCCACGCCCAAGUUAAAUUGUCAUUUAAUAUAUCCCUGUAAAAUAUGAACAGAAAUAUUUUAUUCCCAAAAUCUUGAUGGCAUAUUAAUAAGCAAAAAUAGUUCUUUGUAGUUAAUCAGAAACAAAUGUUUCAGAUCAGUAGCCUGUAAGAGCUCUACAUGUAAAUUAAUCUUGAAAUAUGGGAAAAUGUACCAUUGUAAUUUAUAUUUCCUAUAAUACAUGUUGUUGAUUAGUCCUGUUAAUUUAAUUAAAAUAGAAGUUGCCUGGCAUAUUUGUAGAUAAUACUUAUGCCUUUGCAGUGAUUAUCACUUAGUAUGAUCCAUGUCACAGUCUUUUUGUAACAGUUGACUUGGAUUCUUCAGAAAAGAAGAGUUCUCUUUAACUAAACAUGACAGGAGCUAUCUUUAAAUUGUCCAAGUUAUUUAGGCAUAGAAACUUAGCCUUCUUUUCUCCUUUUGAUUUGAUUUUUAAAAUGCAGUUCUACUGCACAUUUGAAAAUUUAUAACAGUGAAAGAAAAGAAACAGUUUAGACAGUUAAAAUAUUCUCAAGGAAAACAGCGAUUAAUUUCCUGAAAACAAUGUUUAUGCAAGGCAUUGUUUACUAAAUUUAUCUUAGAACAAGUUUCAAGAUAGUUCAACGAUUCAAAAUACUAUUUUUGCCAGUCAAGUAGUGCAUGCUGAAUUGACACAAAGUUACUGCUACUAUUCAGCAUUUUUAUUAACAGUCUUUCGCUGUUGAGAAUUAAAUUCUAUUAAGAGUUAAAGUUAAAAAAAGAAAGCAUUCAUAAAAACAUUAAUGUUACAUGUACAUCAUUAAAUGGAUAUAUUGGGAUAUCUUUUGGACAAU